CACCCUGUCACCAUCACACAUGUAACACUGGGUCACAUUUCAAGCAGGCAGUCCAUUGCUGGUUUCACUUACAGUGCUCCAAGGGAGUUUUCUGUCUAUGGAAUACAGACAGUGAAUGGUGGAACGACCCGACUGGGAACAUUUGUAUACGAUCCGAAUGGGGAGUCAUUACAGACCUUCAAGCUUCCUGGUCAUACAAUGGGUGUCUUCAGAUUUGUGAAGUUGCAGAUCGAGAGCAACUGGGGCCAUCCAGAGUACACCUGUGUGUAUAACUUUAGGGUCCACGGGACGAUACCAAUGAUGCGCGUGGCAGCAUUUCACUCAGCGCCACUGUUGGUCUCCAGCAGCCAUGAAGACAUGAAGAAGAAGAACGCCCAUUUUGCUCCACCGUUAGGCGUCCAAGUGUGCUGA